AUGACUCUAUUUAACGUUAUCUUUCAGGCGUUUUACUUGGUUCAAGCAGGUGGAACUGCUAUGUUGAAAUUCUUCCGCCAUCUUCUUGUUGCCUUUGAUAAGGAUACCAAUCUCCCACUCACCAUUGAUGCAUUAAAGACUAUGACCGGCUUCAAUUUCAUGACAAAAAGCAUUGUCAAAUACACCGUCUGCAACAAGUGCUUUGCAAUUUACCUACCAGGCAAUCGCCAACCAAAUUGCACAUUCGAAAAAUACACAACCACACCACCAACAUACUGCGGAAAUCCUCUUUUCUCUGACACCGAAGCUGAUCGCGCUGUCCCUCUCAUGGUUUUCCCAUACAACUCGCUCAAGAAUGCAUUGGCACAGCAUUUUGCCAAACCUGGGUUCGAGCAUCAAAUCGUUCAAUGGAGAUCGAGGGAAACCGUAAACAGUACCUUGUUGGACGUCUAUGAUGGUGCAAUGUGGUCUGAGCUCCUUGAUGAAGAUGACGAGCCUUUUGUGAAUCACGACCAUUCUUUGAUGUUGACAUUGAAUACUGCUGGAUUUACAGGAUUUGCAAGUACAAACGCCUGUCACAUAUGCAAGCAUCAUUUCACUGUUGUUGCUGGAACAAGUAAGAUCAAUUAUUCUGGAUUCGAUCAUGAGAACUGGGUCUCCCGAACAAAAGAGGAAAAUGCAACUGAAGCUGAGAUGUGGUUCUGCGCAGAAUCUGAUGCAGAGAGAGCUGUUUUGGAGAAGCAGCAUGGCACCCGUUUUUCCGAGUUGCAUCGCCUACACUACUUUGAUCCCGUCCGAUGCACGAUUGUUGAUCCCAUGCACAAUUUGUUUCUUGGGACAGCAAAGCGUAUGAUCAGUGUUUGGAAAGACCUGAGGUAUCUCCCAACUGCUGUUCUCGUCCGUAUGCAACGUCUUGCCGAUGGUAUUCUUGUUCCUCCUGGGUAUGCCGUUUUAUCAACAAAGAUCGAAUCUGGUUUCCCGUAUAUGAAGGCAGACAAGUGGCAAUCGUGGUGUCUGAUUUAUUUGUUGGUGGUACUAAAAGACGCUUUACCUGAAGACGACUACAAAAACUGGACUCUCUUUGUAAAAGCAUGCCGAAAGUUGACCAGUCCUUCAGUCACAUAUUCAGAAAUUGACAGCGCACACCAGCUCCUUGGAGAAUUCGGAAAAGAGUGUGAGACUCUUUAUGGAGAGAGCAGCAUCAUGCCAAAUAUGCACUUGCAUAUGCACUUGCAUGAGUCAAUGCUUAACUUUGGUCCGGUAUACACAUUCUGGCUGUAUAGCUUCGAGAGAUACAACGGCAAGUUGAAGAACAUCAAGACGAACCAUCGCAAUGGUCUUGAGGUCACCUUCAUAAGAGUCUUCCUGGAGAAAGCAUUCAUUGGUAGCUUUCUUCGAGCGUAUUCUACCAAUCUUUCAUCACCACUGAUAGAGUUCCUUGAGGGGGUUGCCCAAGUAAAAUCAAAUUCCGACAGCUCUUCUCCCUUGAAUUUGGAUGCUGGCCACCCUCCUGCGUUGCCAUUUAGCUUAGCAAUGUUCCAGCAAGCUGCUACCAAUCCAUGGUACAAUGUCACCGGAAGUGAGGCCUUGCCCCCGACAACAUUGCCAAUCAAGUUGCAGCCUUUGACUAUGAUGAAGGAUGAUCACUAUCAGUGGUUAUUUGAAUUCUAUGUCAAGGCUUACCAGAGUACAAGUGUUUCCUUCUGUGCGGUAGGGAGAAUCCCAAUUGGUGAGGAUGUAUUUGUGAACAAUCGGAUUCAAAAGGUGAAGAAGAUUUCGUUGCUGGGGCAAGAGUACUGCAGUGGUAAAAAGAAGAAGCGCGGGUCUUUUGUGAGGGUAUUGUUUCUUGAGAGAACAAAUGACGAUGUAUCUGAAUUCCCUGGUCAAAUAGAGUAUUUAUUUACUCAUACCAUCAAGAUCGGUGGAGUCAAAAGAGUGUCAAUGUUUGCAUUCAUUAAAUGGUUUCCCGCCUACCAUUCAAGUAGUCAUCAGCCAUUAGCUGAUCAAGGUCUGCAGUUGUGGGACAAGGGAUUUAUGGAAGAAGAUGCUUUGUGCAUUGUUCCAGUGCAUCCCAAUAACAUUUGA